UUAGACUCAUCCUUUAAAAAUGGCUGCCUCCAUGGUCGGAGUUCUUGCAGAAAAUGUUAGAGAAAAAGUCGCUUCAUGUAAAGUUUUAGUCGUUGGCGCUGGUGGAAUUGGAUGUGAAUUGCUAAAAAACUUGGUGUUAACUGGAUUUGUUAACAUUGAAACGAUUGACUUGGAUACAAUUGAUGUGAGUAAUUUAAACAGACAGUUUCUGUUCAGAAAGGAACAUGUUGGAAAAUCAAAAUCACAGGUUGCUAAGGAAAGUGCAUUAAGGUUCAACCCUGAUGCUAACAUUGUGGCAUAUCAUGACAGUGUGAUGACUUCUGACUAUGGCAUCGAUUUCUUCCAGAAGUUUGAUAUUGUCAUGAAUGCUUUAGACAACAGAGCUGCAAGAAAUCAUGUAAAUCGUAUGUGUUUAGCAGCAGAUCGUCCUUUGAUUGAGAGCGGUACGGCAGGAUAUCUAGGUCAAGUUACGGUCAUCAAAAAGGGUCUUACAGAAUGUUAUGAAUGUAUACCUAAACCCACACAGAAGACAUUCCCUGGAUGUACCAUUAGAAACACCCCAUCAGAGCCCAUACAUUGUGUUGUCUGGGCAAAACAUCUCUUCAAUCAGUUGUUUGGAGAAGAAGAUCCGGAUCAGGAUGUAUCACCAGACACGGCAGAUCCAGAACUUACUGGUGAAGCUGGACAGACAGCUCUAGAUUCCGAUGCGAAGAAAGAUGUAACUGGAGGUAUAGAGAGAAAAUCUACACGAGGCUGGGCACAAGAUAUAGGAUAUGAUCCAGAAAAACUCUUUCAUAAAAUGUUUAGAGAUGAUAUAAAAUAUUUAUUAUCAAUGGAAGCAUUGUGGAAGAAAAGACGACCUCCAUUACCACUGGACUGGAACAAUCUCUCACAUACAGCCGAGAAACAAGAUGAUCAGGGCACAAUAUCAGAUCAAAGACACUGGUCACUACAACAAUGUGCGGAUAUAUUUGCUAGGAGUAUAGAUACCCUUAAAACAGAUCUCGCUAAACAAGGGGACGGUGGAAUGCUAGUCUGGGAUAAGGAUGAUGAUGCGGGGAUGGAUUUUGUAGCAAGUGCGGCCAAUAUACGAGCACAUAUAUUUGGUAUAGCAGAAAAAACUAGAUUUGAUAUCAAAUCAAUGGCUGGGAACAUAAUACCUGCAAUAGCAACGACCAACGCAAUCAUAGCGGCUGUAAUUGUCAUGGAAUCUCUUAAAAUACUCAGUGGAAAUAUUGACACUUGUAAAGCUGUAUAUUUAAACAGACAGCCAAAUCCACGAAAGAAGUUACUUGUGCCAUGUGCUCUAGACAAACCAAAUCCAAAAUGUUAUGUUUGCGCCCCAAAACACGAAGUUACGGUGAUGCUGAAUACACAAAAAAUGACAAUCAAACAGCUUGACGACCAGGUAUUAAAGGGAGGUUUAGGGAUGGUAGCUCCUGAUGUAGAAGUAGAUGAUGGUAAAGGAACAAUUAUUAUCUCCAGUGAAGAAGGUGAAACUGAAGAAAAUAAUGACAAACUAUUGAGUGAUUUUGGUAUACAGAACAAAAGUGUGUUGAAAUGUGAUGAUUUCCUACAAAAUUACAACCUUAAUGUUAUCAUUGUCCACAAGGAGAAGCUAGAGGAUGAUCAAAUGUUUGCUAUAGUCGGAGAUUUGGAUGAAUUACAAGCAAAAAUUGAGGCUGAAAAUGCUAAAGAUCAGGGUGAAACUACAACAAACAACGGACAUGCUGGUACCUCAAAUACAGAAGUGGAAGAAGAAGACGAUCUGAUGAUAGUUGAUGAUGAACCUCAGGAAGUUCCCGCCGCAAAGAAACGAAAACUUGACGAUGUAUCCGAGGAAACACCUUCUAAAAAGAUGAAAAAGAUGGGCGACAAUGAUACAGCCACUGAUGAUGAUGUUCUGGUUAUUGGAUGAAUUGAAUCGGAAAUAAUUGAACACAGUUUACCUGCAUUGCUAGUUCAACAAAUAGACACAUUUUUUCUUGGACUACAGACAGUUUACUUUGAAUACAUUCUUUCCAAUACAGGGACUGUUUAUAUUGAUAUUCUAGAAGAGGUUAAGCAGUUUCUAGUGUACAAUAAACAAAUACAGUGUGUGUUAUUUGAUAGAAAUGAUUUCAUGAAAACUGAGUAAACUGGUGGUGAACCAUUUAUGCUUGUAAAGCUUGAAGUUUGAAAGAACCUUGCCUAUUCCAAUGAUGUAUGAUGAGUCUGUAAAGCAACGUGCCUCCAGAUGAGUGAAAUAAUCUUCCAAAAAACAUAUUUCUGUAAUGCAAAAUGUAUCCAUAAAAGAUGGGUAUAAACAUUCACUCUAGAUAAAACUGUGAAAAUAUGACAGAAUUUACUACUUUAAUCACCCAAAUUAUGUGCCAUAACUAAUAGCCAAGUAAUAGAUAUUUCUGCAUGUUUUAGCAUGUUAUAGGUAAUUUCUGUGGCUAAAUAUUGCCAUAGGCUAGAAUAAAGAACUUAAUUUGUACACAAACCAAUUUUUCCAAGUUUUCAUACAAAUUAACACCGACUGGGAGGCAUGCUGCUUUAAUGUGUAAGCAAGUUAAGAUGAUGAAGAUGUUACAUGUUCAACAAUGAUUAUCAUUCCACUACUGUCUCACAACGAUUGGAACUCUCAAAAAUUACCGAAGCUGUUACAGUUUGUUCAAGCGUUAACAUUUUGAGUGAGCCGUUACAGUUUGAGUGAGCCGUUACAGUUUGAGUGAGUCGUUACAGUUUGAGUGAGCCGUUACAGUUUUAUUGAGCUGUUACAGUUUUAUUGAGCUGUUACAGUUUGAUCGUAGCAUUGAAACCAGGGUUACCAUAGAGAUCGUGUUUAGUACUCAUAUAGUACAUUAUGUAUAAAUUGUCAUAGAGGACCAAUUGUUUUUGUGAAAUAUAUUUUUGUUCCUUUCAGACAUUAUUUUGUUUAUUUGAAGUAGUUUAAAGCUUAUUGAUUACUGUAGUUACAAAUGAAGUUUUUUUUCUCGAUAUUAAAGAAAAGGUAAAAAGCCAUAGAUACUAUGAUAAGUACAGUAUAAAUUAUUUUUAGACUUAAAUCAUGCAUUACUCCAUAAGGCCAUGUACAAUAUUUCACACAGAGUAAUUAUUUUUCUAAGUCAACUCUAUAUUGUUUAAGUUUUUUAAAUGUACAUUUUUCUGCUUUGGCUCUUUAAAUGUUAACAAUUAUAACAGGCCUAUGUCACCAUUAAAGAGCAAGGCCUAGUUUUAAUAUGUGAAAUCUGUCCAGGCUCUUCACUGUUGAUUGCUUACAGUAUAUUCUGUAAUAAACGCCCCUGCAGGUAAUAAAUCUCCAAAACAGGUGUCUAAGUUGAUUAUAGUACAAAAAAAUUAACGAUUUACAAUUAGUUAGAAUGUUUUUUGUGCUAUUUUCUGUUGGAUUAUGUGCUGGAAGAAUCAGCUGUUAUAAAAUUUGUGCUUACUUACUUGGUAAUUCAGGUUUCUUUGCAAAAGUGUGGGGGAUUUAUUAGUUAUGGUAAUUUGCUUAAUUCCAAAGUAUCAAGCUAGACCUUUCCACAAAUACAACAGGGUAUGUUAUAAACAAUAUGCAUGUAGUAAAUGUGCUUUAAAAUGAUAAUUUGUUUGUUGUCAGGUGCAUUAUGUGUUGCAUUGUGUUAUGUCUGUUUUUAACGGUAAAAAAAUUAAAGUCAUGAUAAAAAAGCAUAGUAUACUGUUUUAUAGUAGAGGACUUAUAAAACUACUUAUAACAUUGUUUCUAUGAAACUGAUGUAAUAUUAUUUUGUUGUUUAUAGUGCUACAGUGGUUAUAUUCGUUGUUGCAGUGCUACAGACUAUACAUUUGUCAUACGCCUCUUUUUGCAUUCAUUUUACUGCCUUUUCUCUUAGAGCUGUAGUAUUAUUGUUUAAAGUAGGUAACUUUAUUAGUUUCAGCCAUUGUUACAUAUACAUAUAGUAAUUUCUGUAUUACAAAUAAUAUAUCAAUAACUCUCAUGCUGAGUAUAUUAUUUUGUUUAUGUUGUUUAAAGUGCUGUCAAUCUUACUUAAUUUCUGUAUUCAUUAUGUGGGCCCGCCCUCUAAUCUGAUUGUAUUUCAAGUCUUUUUCUCAUUAUUGUCAUAUUUCAUAUCAUGUGGUCAUUAUAUUAUUUUAUGAACAAUAAAUUAAUUGUCAAUGUUA